AGCUGACGUUAGAAUUAAUGUCGCAAUUGCAAAAAAUAGGUUAUAUUUAUUCCGAUGAAUGACAAAAAAAAAUAGAGGGGAAAAAAGAUUGCUGUCCGUGAGUAAUUGAAUAAAUAGCACAUUGUUGUAUUUUUGGUAUAGACUAGUUGCUUGAAAUAGCAUUUUUUUGUAUACAACAUGUAGUUAGAGCGUCUACGUUGUUUAAAUAAAUAUUAUGCCUACAUUUUAUUAUAAUUAACAGAACCGAACUUAUGUGUAAUUCAAAUGUAAAGUGUUUCCCUUUUAAAAUUCUUACAGACAUAUUUCCCCUUUACAUGUGUUGACGUUCUUAUUGCAACAUCAACAGGGAAUUUAUUUUAUUUCAGAAUAGUAUCCGAGAGUUUUAUACUAUGUUCUUUGUUUUGAAAUGGUCUGGUUGAUUUUAAUAUUUUUCCUUGCUGAAACUGGCGCCAUUCAGUGUGAGGGGGAUGGAUUAAAAUGUUGCUUAGACGAAGAGUGGGAUGAAUUCCUAGGAAAAUGCAGAAGUUGUAAGCCGGGCUAUUUUAGUUUUAAUUGCAACCAAACUUGUAAACUGCCUUUUUAUGGAAUUGGUUGCCAAAGUAAAUGCGACUGUCCUGAUGACAAAUGUGAUUUUGCAAAAGGUUGUCCAGAAAAAGAAACAAGCGGGGAUGUUUAUAUACCAGAUGAUGUGAAAGACUCUAGUACUACGUCCUUCACCAUGGAAACUAUGGGUAAUUUGACAAAUGAUAUGAAAAGAGAUAAAGAUUCUAUUUUGCUGGAACAUUCUAGAACCUGGUUUUCAACAAAGAACAUCUCUAUAUUGAUAUUUUCCGUAGUUGGUUUAAUUUUGAUAACGAUUGCUAUUCUGUUUACUCGAAAAGUGAUACUCAAAAUAUAUUCUGAACGGCGAAGAAAAAAAUGUUAUGAAUGCCCAACCGACAGACUAUCAGAACCAGUUCAUUAUGAAGUGAUCUCAAAUAUAGUAGUUUAAUACACUGGCGAGCGUUUCGUUCAUUUCGACAGCCCUGCAUACAAACAUAUAUGUUUAGUUAGGUGAUAGAUUAUUGUGAUACAUCUUAUGAAACAUUCAAGAAAAAACAAACAUGAACACAUUUUCAAUUAUCUGCCAAACUUUCGUUAUUAUUUUGUCGGUGCGCUCCCUUUGUUUGUUAAUAUACCCCGUGUUAUGAGAAGCAAUGUCAUGUUUCUCUUUUUACUUCAAGCUUAAUUGGCAGUCAGUUUAUUUUGAUGGUGAUUUAAUUUGUUUAAAAAUAUUGGUGGAUUUUUUCUUACGGUCAAUUGAAUUCUUGAAAUGAAAUGGAAGCAAAAUUUAAUAGUUUGCGAUUUUAUAUUUCCGCGAUUUGAUGCAAAACAGUUGAAUAGCGGUAUUAAGUACUCGCGCAAAAUAAUAGAUAUACAGUAUUAGAAAACCGGAGAGCUAGGACUUAACAAUCAUCUUGAAACAUCUUAAGGCAAACAAAAGGCAAAAUAAGUCUCUGUAACCAACAUAUGUUUUACUUUUACAAAAUACAAAUAAUUUUUAUUUUUUAUGUUUUAAUUCAAAAGUGAAAAUGACAGAUAAAAUGUUUAACACGACAUUAUGUUUUUUGUGACUCAUAAAUGAAAUAGUAGUAAUAAUGACACAUAAUUCAAACCAAGUGUUUCGUUUUAACAUUUCACUUUGUUAAAUGCUUUGUCUUUAACAUAAUAAGGCAUACUUUGGUCUUUGAUGUCUUUAAAAUUGAAUAUCAUAUGGUACAUCUUUAUAUAUAUUUAAUCAAAAACAUGUUUGAGACAUGGAACAAAUAAAGUUUUUAACGUGUUCAGAAUUUGAUUCUAAUAAAACUUUUCAACUCUAAAAAGGAAGUCAAAAGAUUGAUUCCUAAAACGAAUUGUCACAUCUUAUAAUUGAUAAAUAUUACUAGACUAAGUAUGUGAAUUUUCAUGACCAUUCAAAUUGACUCAAAGAUCCAGGAGGAACCAAGAAGCAUCAAAAUUGCACAAAACUCUUGAUGUUUCACUAUAUCUGAUACAAACAGUGACUGUGAUGAAAAGUUUCCGCAUGAAUAUUGCAUGAACUUUAUUUCCGGAAAUGAUUUUGUCUUAGUAUGUUAUUGAGUUGUGCAUUAUGACAUCAACAUUAAAUUGGGUUUGGAAUUAAAUAUAUGGAAUGCUUUGAAAUAGUUUGCCAUAUCUAUAUGUUAUUUGAUAUGUGAAAGAACCCUACUUGUGGGAAACAGAUAAGAAA